GAAGACUUGAAGACUUGGCCAACCAACUUAGCUGCCAUUCUCACUUGAGGUGUUAUUUCCGGUCAUCUUCAACCAUGAACUCGUUUCAAUCUCUCGUCCAACCAUUUCCCACCACUAUAGCUAUGCCCUCUCUGCACAUGUACCCAGUAGACUCAUUUUCGUAUUUACUCCCUCAUGCGUCUGUCAAGACCACAGUCUCUUCUUCCUCCCAACAUCUGGAGAGAAGGGUCCCUGAAAGGGAUGAAAUUCGUCUUGGAUUACCAAGUAAAGGUCGCAUGGCUCAAGACACCUUAGAUCUUCUUAAGGAUUGUCAACUCUCUGUUAGGCAGGUGAAUCCUCGACAAUAUGUUGCAGCAAUUCCACAGCUUGCAAACUUAGAAGUCUGGUUUCAACGGCCCAAGGAUAUUGUGCGCAAAUUGCUGUCAGGAGAUCUAGACCUUGGUAUUGUGGGUUUAGAUAUACUCUCUGAAUAUGGACAGGGGAGUGAGGAUUUGAUCAUAGUUCAUGAUGCACUUGAGUUUGGGGAUUGCCAUUUAUCCCUUGCAAUUCCUAAGUAUGGGAUUUUUGAGAAUAUAAAUUCAUUGAGUGAGCUAGCCCAAAUGCCUCAAUGGACCAAGGAGAAGCCUUUGCGAGUUGUUACUGGUUUUACUUAUCUGGGUCCUAAGUUUAUGAAGGAGAAGGGAAUGAAGCAUGUCACUUUUUCAACUGCAGAUGGAGCAUUGGAGGCAGCUCCUGCGAUGGGGAUAGCAGAUGCUAUUUUGGAUCUUGUGAGUAGUGGAACAACACUGCGUGAAAAUAAUUUGAAAGAAAUUGAAGGUGGAGUUGUUUUAAAAAGCCAGGCUGUCCUUAUUGCAAGCAAGAAAUCUCUGAUCCAGCGUAAAGGUGUUUUGGACAUUACACAUGAGGUGCUUGAAAGACUGGAGGGUCAUUUGAGAGCAGCUGGUCAGUUCAUGGUAGUGGCAAACAUGAGGGGGACUAGUGAAGAGGAAGUGGCUAAGCGAAUUGUAAACCUGACAUCAUUAACUGGGUUGCAGGGACCUACCAUAAGUCCAGUCUUCUGUAAACGUGAUGGGAAGGUUGUGGCAGACUAUUAUGCAAUUGUCAUUUGUGUGCCAAAGAAGGAACUCUACAAAGCCAUUCAACAGCUGAGAGCAAUUGGAGGCAGCGGAGUUUUGGUUUCUCCUUUGACUUAUAUUUUUGAUGAAGAACCUCCAAGGUGGCGUGCACUUCUUACAAAGCUUGGGCUUUGAUCUUCUGGGAGAUGUCUGAGCGGUGCUGGAAGCAUAUUUUUGUUGCAGUUUUCAAAGUAUUUCCAAUUGAAUGCUUCAGGAGGAUGACCAACACUCCUCCACUGGAAAACGUUUUGUUGAUCUCAUUAUAUUGAGUUAGACAUAGCUAUUAUUGAUAGCGAGGAAUUUU